ACAGAAAACAACGAAAACACCACCACAGUAACGAAAACUACGUCGUUUUACGGGAAAGGAAAGAAGAUGGAAGCUCUGAGAAUCGCCGCCGUCGUCGCCUUGCUCCUCCUCUCAUGGUCCGCCGUGAAAGCAGCGACGGAGACUCCGCCGCCGCCUUCCGGCGGAUCUCAGACGACGGCGUGUAUAAAGAGGCUGAUUCCAUGUCAGCCGUACAUUCACGCGCCGGUGAAUCCUCCGGCGACGUGCUGCGUGCCGUUGAAGGAGAUCAUCGACAACGACGUGACGUGUCUCUGCUCCGUCUUCAACAAUCCCGCCAUGCUCCGAUCUCAAAACCUCACCAAAUCCAACGCUCUCGAUCUCCCCAAGGCCUGUGGCGCCAACGCUGACGUGUCACGCUGCAAUAGCUCCGCUACUCCGCCGACGGCGUCGCCGGAGACUCCGACAAAUCCGAUGACACCUCCGGCGUCUACCAACGGAAGCUCCUCCACCGGCGGAUCAACCGCCGGAGGCUCUUCAAGCGCGGCGGCGACCACCAUCAGCUUCAUCGGACUUAACUUUGUCUCUGCUCUCAUUGCGACCAUAUUCUUUUAAUCUUUUUUUUUUGUUAUUUAUCAUCUUCAUUUUAGUUUUUUAAAAAUUUUAGUAUUUGAUUUGUAUCUUUCUUUUUUUUACAUACAACACAUUAUUAUAGAUUUAUAUCCACUCCACAUUAUAGC